GUCUGCGCUGGUGCUAGCUGGUGAACGCCCUCCUCGAACAACCCUCGUCAAUAAAACACCAGAGGCGAAGUAAUUAGGCAAGCAAGGGCGACAGGGAGUAUCUCUGCAGGUGCCGGCGAAGUGUCUUGAGCCUAGGCAAGAGAGCGAGAGGAAGAACGGAGAGAGAGACGGAGAGCGAGAGCGAGCCACGAAGAUGGCGAGAAUAUGCCGCCGAGCUGCCGUGGUUGCGGUCGCCAUGUGCAGUACCAGCCCAGCCUCGAGCUUCACCCCUUCCACGUUCGUCGGAGGAGGAGCGCAGAGCGCCGUGCUCUGCGGGAAGCCAUCAGGCUCCUCCAAGCUCAUGUCGCCGUGCGCGUGUGAUGCAUCAACGCCGACGAUGGCGAUGGAAUCUGCUGGGGGAAAGAAGAGGGCAAGGGUUCGGAAAGUUUGGCGGCGGGGACAUGUCCAGGCCCGCGAGGUCAAGGACAAGCUCAACGCCGGGGUGUGGGACAAGUUCAGGGCCCCGCCGGAUGCCCGGGGGCACGACGAGGUUACCUUCAGGAGUGGCUUCGAGGGGAGAACGCUUACGAUCCCUCAAGCCGAGAGAUAUUCGUCGUCCGCAUGGUGGCACAACCUCCGCACGCUGCCCACAAGCGUGAUCCUGCACCGAAUCAAGCACCCGCUGCUGGUCCAGACCUUCUGGGCGACCGCGGUUUCCUUGGUGCACGCUGGGUUGGGUGGUGUCCACUCUAUGAGCAUUAAGCCGCACACUCUGCUCGGUUCCGCUCUGGGGCUGCUCCUGGUUUUUCGCACCAACGCGGCGUACCAGCGGUUUCAGGAAGGGCGCAAGCUGUGGGAGGAGGUGCUGAACGUGUCGAGAGACAUCGCCCGGAUGAGCGUCCUCUAUGAAGACGUGUUCGGGAGGCGAUUAGUCCAGCGCAUUGCCAACCUCUUGGCCUGCCACGCUGUCAUCCUUCAGGAACACCUUCAAGGGUACAAGCUGCCGCGAGUGUGGGAGGACCUCCUUCGGCCGGAAGAGGUUAGAGAUCUUAUGACGACCAACUGCAACCGCCCCCUCAAGGUUGUCAACAUGAUCUCCCGUGAGAUCAAGUCCGUGCCGUACAGAUGCGAAGACUGGUCCUCUCGCGAACGCCUGGCGAUCCUGUCCAUGUGCAACAAGCUCGGGUCCACGAUAGGGGGGUGCGAGCGGCUCGUGCAGACCCCGGUGCCCCUCCACUACGUGCGUCACACGAGUCGGUUCCUUACCAUCUGGUGCUUCCUCCUGCCACUCGUGAUAGUUGGAGAGAUGGGCAUGGCCACUGCUCCUGUGGUAUUCCUGGCAACUUGGGCCCUCUUCGGCAUCCAAGAAAUCGGCCUCCUUAUCGAAGACCCCUUCCAGUCCGCGCUGAGCCUGGAUAUUAUGUGCAACUCCGUUUACACCGACGUGAUGCAGACGGUGGGGGUGGCUGACCCCACGCUACCGCAGCAGCCGAUACCGAUGCAGGCCGGUAUCGCAGUUGCGGACCUCCAGGGCACCCGUGUGGACGAAGACGUCGUCCCGCUCUCCGCUCGCUGCAAGCACCCGGUCCUUGCCGACUGGAACCACGAGACAAGCGAGCGGCAGACGGAGCUGGCGCACUGAGAAACCAUGAUAAAUAUUUUUUAACUAUCCAUUCAGCCGGUGACGGUGGGCCUCGGAACGUUCCACGUUACUUAAUUGUUUGUCCCGUGGAAGAGGAACAAGAAAAAAAUGUCGCACGUUUUCCGACUAUAGUUUUUGUUCCGCUUGAGCAGUUAGGCGAUCGGGUGGGUGGGUAGGUGGACGUCUGCGCCGUCUCCUACGGUGUACGCGCUGCGUUUCUAGAGUGUACGCGGGGCGUGCGUAGACGAGAGAAGUGGUGGCAGGGGCGGUUAUAGGACUGUGGCUCGAUCGGGGUGAUGGGUGGAGAGGGGCGACUGCGGUCUUGGACGGCGUCUAGAAAAGAAGUGGCGUGGUGUGUGUGUGUGAUGAUUUCCCUUGCCGACGGAGGUUUAGCGGGAGGGAGUCCGGUAGUGGUGCCUUUGUUGUUGUUGUUAAUGUUGUUGUUGUUGUCGUGACGAGGAGAAGCUCGAGAAUACGUUUCGGAAAUCUGCCUACUUAACUUGGUUAUGAACAUGUAGCGUUGGUGACCACCGUCCGGGCGCCGCAGCUGUGAAGUAUGAGAGUCAUGACUUCGGGACUAAUGUUUGGUGUGGUCUAUUUGGGAGUGAAUGGGGGCAAGGCCGCAGUGCAGCGUGAGGGCCGGUGCUCCAGGCAUCAUUGUUCUUAUCAUGAGGAGAUGGCAAUGAAAAAGUAUGACGUGGGUUGUUCCGCAGUCUCUAGCGUUCAUCUGUGUUUAAGCCCCAACCAUGCCGAGUCAUGCCUGCUUGAAAAAACAAAAAUGUUGGAUCCUUCCAUGAUGGGAAAACAGUCCUGACUCGUUGGCUCGGGCGAACGAGAGCUGAGCAGAGGAGGAGGCAGGCGCCAAUAUCUCAACAACGGCAGUGCAGCAGCAGCACGCAGUCCCGUAGCCUCGUUGGUUACUAACGGCUUGUGUCGCAUGCCGUGGGUGAGUUUCGGCUGCAAAGAGGCAUCUCGUUUCUCUCGGAGUUUCUCAUCUUUCUGUUACAUCGUUUUGCAUGGGUCACGCAAAACACGCGCGUGCGUGGGUUGCGUGUGCGUCGACUCUGUGUGCUAUCGGCAGCACCGAAAUGGAAGUGGAGUCGUGUUAUUUUUCUGUUUGUUGGUGGGCGUUGGCGUUGUUUGCCGCGUAGUAGCAGUGCGUGGAAACGACCGAACGUGAGUGCGUCCAGCUUGCAUCUGUCUUUUUGUUGCGCUUGCCGUAGCAGCGUUGUGCCGUAAAGCCUUCUCCUCGCUGUCAAGAGGUUAGUGGGGAGGGUUGACACCACGAAGGUAGAUGUGUGCAUGUCGGUGAGGUAGGGGGCAGGGGGGGGGUCGAGCAUUAGCCUAGUUUCUGUGUGUGCGAGAGUUGGGAGUUGCGGGA